CUCAUUUUCUCACCCACUCAUCUUCCAGCAAAAUUGCCUUUUCCCCUCCCACUUCGCCUCCCCUCCUUCGCUCCAACCACCGCGCAGCCGUUAUGUCAAUCGUAGGGGGGUCGUAGCACAUCCACGUCAUUUCACGGUGAUUAUGAGAGACUUCGGCUCGCGAUAGCGCGUGGCGUCAACGUGUUCGUGGUUGUCUUUUACUGUCUGAACGGAAGGGUGCCUGAGAUUGCAGGCUCCGUGUAGCAUAGGGAUCGAAACGCGGUGAUGUUUGCUGCGCGAGCCAUGGAUAACUUCUCGGAGUGUUGGCAGCGGAAACACCAGAACGACGAUUACGACUCAUAGAUUGCGCCCAAUUAGCAGAUCGACGACGAGGAUCGCCGCUCCCAUCUGUUCUUCUAAGGCGUGCUUUUAACUCACUUAGGACUUCUCCACGUAGCAUCUGCAGCAGGAUCGUCUUAAUCAGUCAGUGCAAGCGGAAUAGGCGACCAUGAUCUCCGAGGGCGGGAGGCUGGUGGAUAAGAAGCCCUUGAAGGGCUACCUGCCGGAGAGGAUAUGCCGGGUGAUCUGCUCCCUAGCGCUGGUGUUCCUGCUGUCGUUUCUCGUCUCGUCUCUCUUCUUCUACCUCCUCACAGCGGCGUUAUCCCCGCUACUGACAUCUCUGAUCCGCUAUGGCGCUCCCGCCGAGCCCGCCGAUGCGGGAGGGAGAAUCGCGUUCAUGUUCCUGACGCGUGGACCGCUGCCAUUGGCUCCUCUGUGGGAGAAGUUUUUCCAGGGUCACGAGGGUCGCUACGCUGUGUACGUGCACGCCUCGCAGCCCAACUUCACCUUCCCGUCGAACUUCUCGCCAGUCUUCGUCGACCGGCAAAUACCUGGCGGCAAGGUGGAGUGGGGGCGGAUGUCCGUGGUGGCGGCUGAGCGCCGGCUGUUGGCGUAUGCCGUCACGGAUAAGCGCAACGAGUACUUCGUCCUCGUCUCGGAGUCGUGCAUUCCGCUGUGGUCGUUCGACUACGUCUAUAACUACAUCGCCAGCACGCACAUCAGCUUCGUGGAGGCGCACACGGACCCGUUUGACGAGGCGUUUGGGCGGUACCUGCCGGACAUCCACAUGCCGGCCAUCCGGCGCAAGGACUUCCUCAAGGGCAGCCAGUGGUUCGUGCUGCAGCGCCGCCACGCCGAGCUCGUCGUGCAGGACACGGAGCACUACCUCGUCCACUCCAAGUCGUGCCAGUGGAGGGCGCAGCACUCCAAGUACUGCUGCUCCGACGAGCAUUACCUCCAGAUCCUCCUCGCACUGAAGGACCCGGCCGGCAUCUCGCGCUUCCCGGUGACCCUGGCGGAUUGGAGCCAGUGGAGGUUCCACCCCGAGACCUACUACUCGCACAACAUGUCGGACGCGCUCUUCAAAACCAUCAAGUCCACAAAGCACUUUAUCCAGUACCGCUAUUACUGGAAGAAGUUCAAAAACAGAUACUCUUAUAUUGAACACCCAAAGAAGCCUCAGCCUGCCCCGACGGUUGAGAAUGGGUUCUGCGCGGUGGAGGGCACGGUGCGCAACUGCUUCCUGUUUGCCAGAAAAUUCCAUGUGUCCUCGCUGCCGUACCUGCUGAAAAACUCGCAACAUGUUCUUGGGUUCUAGAAUUGAUUGCUUAGUGUAUAUCCUAAGGGUUCUAGUAGGGUUUGUGUUCGCAGAAAGGCAGAUUAAUAUUAGCAAGCACAAAAUAGUGCUUGCUUCUUCCGUCUAGUGGGGUUCCUUCCUGACCAGCAAAAUCGUAUGUAUAAGGCCGUUGGAGAUACAGUAUGUACUGUUUGUUAAAAUUAUGAGUUAUAAUUUUAUAUAGGC